ACUCUGGUCCCCUCUUCGGAGAGCGGCCAUUUAAUGUAGCAACCGAUUGGGGCAAUAAUAAAAGGAAUGGAGAACCUCGCCAGAUAACAACAGCUUUACGGCAGCAUUUCAUUCCAGUUCGUUUGCAGCAGUCGCCACUCAAGGUAUACGUCCCCGUGUUACUUAUUCGCAUUCAACCGAUCUCUACAUAAAAAAUGGAGUGGUCAUCAUCGGGGUCAGACGACAGCGGAUCCGAAGGGGUUCUUGACGCAUCUCAAAUGGGCGACGCGGAGGCUGUGGCGGGUGCUCUGGAGCGUUUGGUGCUGGCCGCCAACGGAGACAACGAGAGCGCCAAAACUGUCGGCCGCUUUCGGCGCCUCCACUCGCUCAACCUUAGUUGCAAUACGUUGACAGAAUUGCCUGGCGCCCUUCGACACUGCGCCCGGCUCGAGAAACUCAGUCUCAGGUCGAACCGACUGGCCGAGCUACCAAAGUGGUUGACCAGUCUGCAAAACCUGCGCCAACUGAAUCUCUCUGGCAACUCUUUGGCACAGUUUCCCAUGGCGGUUCUGGAGUUAAAAAAUCUGAAAUACUUGUAUAUGGGAAGCAAUGGUCUUGAAUCACUCCCUUCGGCCAUAGAAAAAUUGGAAAGUUUGCAGAUUUUGUACCUUGGUGGUAAUAGAUUGACAGAGGUACCGUCCAGUUUAGGAAAUAUGCUCACGCUGACCGCCCUGGUUUUGUGCGACAACCAACUCCGCGCGCUGCCCCCAUCCAUUGCUCAACUUGAGAACCUCCGCUCUCUCCUGCUACACAAAAAUCAACUUCGAACACUGCCCCAGGAGAUCGUUGGGCUCAGGGGUCUCAGAGAGUUGAGCCUACGUGACAACCCGCUUGUGGUGCGUUUUGUCCGUGACAUGGCCCAGCAGGUGCCCUCCCUGCUCGAGCUGGCUGCGCGCGUCGUCUCGACGCACCACCUCUCAUACUCGACGCUGCCCGUGACCCUGAAGAAGUACCUGGACACAGCCCACCACUGCGUCAACCCGCUCUGCCAGGGUGAGAAAUCGAAUUUGAACCGCGCAUUUCUAUUUUUAUCCUCUUGCAUGUACUUGGCAGGCGUCUUCUUCGACAGCCGCGUGGAGCACGUCAAGUUCGUCGACUUCUGCGGCAAGUACCGCGUGCCUCUGUUGCACUACUUGUGUUCACAACGAUGCGCCGACGGUCCGGACGCUGACCUGCCUCCGGAGGCGGGCCAACGCCUCCUGCGCAAGGUUCUUCUUGGUUGAAGCUGGCUUGCGUUUCGUUCUCUUCUCUUUUGCUUGAUUUAUCUCCCGCAACUAACAGACGCAAAUCUUGUUACAUAUAAACGGUGCACAUCUCCUCAACUGCGACGCACUUACAAAUGAUAUUAACUCGUGUGCCAAAUAAACUGAGCAGGGCAGAAUCUUAUUUACAAGGGCGGCGUCUCUGCGAAUAACCCCAACUGAUUUUUUCGACAGCAAGUCUCUCGAAAGCUGCCAAUUUCCGCUCUAAUUUCAUUUAUUUUUUCAGUGCAAGAUUAUAAUAUUAUGUUUACUAUCAAAAGGAAAGAAUGCCAAAUUUGUGCUGAUAAAUUAAUAAAACAGAAUUUCUGUACAGCAAUGUA